AGGUCAUGAGGUACCACCGUCAUGUGACGACUUUCUCUUUCAGCUGUACAGUCCAUUACAUGUAACACACGAUGGGAUGCUGUUUUUCUGGUGAGAGUGAAGAAACCAAUCCGAAGACCCCGUUAAUUAAGGAGAAUAAAGGGGGUGGAUCUCAUUAUACUAGUCCCUCAAUGCCAACAGCGCCAUCUGCCAGGAAGUACAAAGUGCAGGAUCCACCACCGGAAAAGGACUUUUUAACUUCCAUUGAUUUGUUGGCAACAGCUGAUAUGAAGAACAUCAAGAUCCCUUCGCUAAAUAAGACUUUUCAGGAUCAAGGAAAAGUAUUUGAUGAAAUAUUCCAGCAGUUUCAGAAUAUGAGAGAAAGCUUGAACAACUUCAAAUCACAUUUUACUGCUGAGACAGAUGGCAUACCUGUACUGUCAAGGUGUAUGCAGAUACUUACACAGAGGUGUGGAAAUUGUAAGUUAACGGUGGAGAGGCGGAAGUAUAGCGUUGUGAUUGUCUACGAGAACCAGGAUGUAAUGCGCAAUAGUACAACUAAUCCACAACAGGUCCUGGACUGUUUACAGCUUUUUAAUUCAUUCAACAAAAAUAUUCAAAAAAUUUUAGAAAGGGCACCGGAAGUAGAAAAUUCUGCCAAAAUUUUACUGGACGACGAAGAUAACAUGCGGAAAGAAGUGUCAAAAGCCGAUCUUCCGGGUACAGAGGGACCGGAAGCUAUGAAGAUGUGUAAUGAAAACAUUCACAAACUGAGAAAAAUGAACAGUCAUUUGAAAACCAUAAAAAGUCACACAGAACGAACUAUGAAGGAGGUGAUAGAGGCCUCCAAAGCUUUAUUCAAUGACACGAAUCCAUAGCGUUAAAGUAUAUCAAUAGUUAUCGUAUACAUUAUUAUGGUCAUAUUUUUUUAAGUUGUGUUAUCGAAUAUAUCAAAAUAUUUUUUUUA